UGUGCAUUGGAUACCAACUUCAAAAUGUAUGCCUCUGUAGAGAAAAUUUCUUCGUCUGUCUUCUAUUAUGGCUUCACGCCAUUUAUCUUAGCAGGAUUGAUUGCUUUCUUGCUUUCAUUUAUUCUGGUUCGAUCGGGUAAGAAGAAAUACAAGAAUCUACCUCCCCGUGGCCCUAUGGAAUGGCCGGUGUUAGGCGGCCUACCAAGUCUGUCAGGCAAAGAUAUGCCACACGUUAUCAUAGCUGACAUGGCCAAGAAGUACGGACCAAUCUUCGGUAUGAAAAUGGGAUCGUUCUAUGCGGUAAUACUCAGUGACUAUUCUCUCGUCAGGCAAGCCUUCGCGAAAUCAAACGAUGAAUUUAGUGACAGACCGAAGAUCACCAUGAUUGAAAAUAUUGUCCAAGGAAAAGGUUUGAUCGUGUCCUACUUUGGUCAGAUGCAGACUGAGCACCGUCGCUUCUCACUCUCAGCUCUACGAUCACUUGGUAUGGGCAAGUUUAAAAUGGAAGAAACUAUCGUAGAUGAAGCACGCCAGCUAGCGAUGAUCUUUACCAGCAGACAAUCAAAGCCUUUUGUACCUUUUCAUGAUAUUGUCGUAAGUGUUUCCAAUAUUAUAUGUUGGUUGAGUCUCGGUAAGCGCUUUGACUAUAACGACGAGAAUUUCAAAGCCAUCCUCGCUUCUUUGUUCGAAAGCUUUGAGAUUGCAGAAAUUGCAGGACUCUUCAAUUUCCUUCCGUUCUUGAGAUUUCUACCUGGGAGCGGUUUUAAACGAAUGAUAGCACUCCAACAAAACCAUGAUAGAUUUUUGAAGCCACUGGUCUGGAAAAUCCACGAGGAGCAGGAGAAAAGCCGUAGAUCUCCCACGUGUUACGUGGAGAUGUACACUGAACAGAUGAUAGAAGCAGAACGCGAGACUCCCGUGAACACACGUUUACUAAAGAAAUAUGUAUCACGCAGUCGCUGA